AUGUAUGCUUUUCGCUUGAGAUCAUCUCAUACCAAUCCAAGGAUCUUCAUCAGAUCUCUCUAUCCCGAAAUGACAUAUGUUGUUGUUCCAAGACGAUUUCAUGAAGCUGUAGGUGCUGAAAUCAAUGAUGUUGUUCAACUUCAAGAUCCUGUAGGAAACUCAUUUGAGAUGCCUUACUACUACAACCAAGGGGAGUUCCGAAUUGGGGCUAGUAUGUUUUUGCUGCGUUCACUUCACCAAAUUCAAACACCCGUCGUCAUUCACUUUAUCUAUCAUGGUGAGGCCAUAAUUUUAAUCCGCAUUUAUGACUUAGUAGGCCAGGAGAUAAAUUACAACCUUCCUCCUGAAGAUCUACUUCAGAUGAAUCCUAACAUUGGUGCUGCUGAAGAAAAUGAAGUGACUAAUACAUCCAGUGAUGAUGAGUCCAUCGGAGAAAUUCAAUCAGCACCAUGGAUGGAGAUGAUUUGGCAAACUGAUAUAACUGCUGCACACAUACAUGACAAUAACACUGUGACUAUUACAAGCAAUAUACAACAACUAUUUUUCCCUCAGCUUCCUGCGGUCAUAAAUGUUCGUCUUCCUAAUAACUCCAUCAUUCAGUGGCACAUUACAUGGCAUCGUCCACGUAAUUCAAAUGUAACUGCAUCUUCCAGUGGUGGGAGGCAAGAUAUCACUAACCAGAUUCGGUUAUCAUCAAGUGAUAAUGCUCAAGGCACAACAGGAAAUCCUAAAAAGAAGUACAAACGUGGAUGUACCCCAAAAGAUCGUAAUAUACGUCCUCAUAAAAGGAGGACGCCUAAUAUGUCAAGUUGGUCUAUACCAGGUGAAAGCUCCACAUCCAACUCAUCUCAAAUCAAUACAAGUGGAAAUACAGUAUAUGUUGAUCUUGGAAACAUGGAUAUGGUUUGUAAGCAUUGUGGUGCAACUGUAUGGCUCCUAGAACGAGCUGAAAAGAGCAAAUCUCGAGUUGAUCCUUAUUUCUCUAUUUGUUGUGCAAGAGGAAAAAUAUUCAUACCUUAUUUAAAAGAUGCACCAGAAUUGUUGUUGAAUUUGCUUACAAACAAUGAUCCGAGGAGUCGAAAUUUCCUUGACAACAUUCGAGCGUACAAUAGUAUGUUUGCAUUUACCUCUAUUGGAGGCAAAGUUGUUAGCAACAUUAAUGAUGGGCAUGGCCCUCCUCAAUUCAUUAUUAGUAGUCAAAAUUACCAUCGUAUAGGAAGUCUUCUUCCAAAAGAAGGUGAUGCUCCCAAGUUUGCUCAAUUAUACAUAUAUGACACAAAGAAUGGAGUUGAGAAUAGAUUGAAACAUUUCAGGAGCGGUAAUGGAAAUAGUAGCAUUGAUCCGGAAUUAGUUUCCGAUUUGAUUAAAAUGGUUGAUGACUUCAAUCGUUUAGCUCAAUUAUUCAGAAAAGUACGUGAUCAUGUUGAACAAGGUGAUGUGGAGAAUGUUGCUUUAAGGUUAUUUAGAAGUUGUUCACUGGAUCCAAAAACCUACAAUCUUCCAAGUGUUGAUGAGGUUGCCGCCUUAAUAGUGGGUGAUUUUGAUAGCUCUGAUUGUGGGCGUGAUAUUAUUCUUCGCACUAGAGACGGUCAAAUGCAAAGGAUUUAUGAAAACGAUUCUUCAUUCCUUCCACUACAGUAUCCUAUUUUAUUCCCUCAUGGUGAAAAAGGUUUCUCAAAGGAUAUUGAUUUUGCAAAUUCAUUCAACGUUAAUACCGAUCCUAGGCGUGAUCAUAUUUCUUUGCGUGAAUGGGUUGUUUUUAGAAUCUUUGAAAGACAAUUUGAGUGCAAAAGAAUAUUUCUUUCUCGACGAUUGUUCCAACAAUUUGUUGUUGAUUGUUAUUCAAUGGUUGAGUCUCAAAGAUUGUAUUACAUCCGCAACAACCAAUCAACAAUUAGAAGACAUUUUUUGGACGGAAUUGAGGAAGCCAUGGCCCGUGGUGACACAGAUUCAUCCAAAAUUGGUUCAAGAGUAUAUCUCCCUGCAUCUUUUAUGGACGGCAAGCGUUACAUGUUCAAUAAUUGUCAGGAUGCUAUGGCUCUGUCUGGGGUAUAUGGAUACCCUGAUUUGUUUCUAACAAUGACAUGCAAUCCUAAAUGGCCAGAAAUUGAACGCCAUGUUCUCGGAUAUGGUUUAAAUUCUUCAGAUCGACCAGAUUUGGCUUGCCAUGUUUUACAUAUGAAAUUAAAUCAAUUCAUGGUUGAUUGCAAGAAGGGUUAUUUCUUUGGGAAAGCUGUUGCAGGCACGUAUACUAUUGAGUUUCAAAAAAGGGGUUUGCCUCAUGCUCACAUCUUAUUGUGGCUUAGCAUGGAGAAUAAGUUACGUUCUCCUGCUAUGAUUGAUUCUGUUAUAUGUGCUGAGUUGCCAGAUCCUACACAGUACCCUGAAUUGUUUGAAUGUGUAUCAAACUAUAUGGUCCAUGGUCCAUGUGGAUUGAGUAAUAGAGAUUCUCCUUGCAUGAAGAAUGUCCAUGUCAAGUGGCCACCUGUUAAAAACCUCAUCUACCACUUGCCCAAAAAACAGGUUAUCCUAUUUAAGGAGAAACAAGCUGUCAAGAAUGUGCUUCAGAGAAACAAGCGGAAGAAUAGCAUGUUUACUGCUUGGAUGGAGGCAAAUGGGAAAUAUGCUCAUGGAAAUGGGCUAACAUAUUCAAAAUUUCCAGCAGCAUUUGUAUUUGAUGAAAAAAAGAAAGAAUGGCGACCAAGGAAACAAGGAUUUAGCAUUGGUCGAAUGAACUUCGUUGCCCCAGGAAGUGGCGAGUUAUAUUACUUGCGACUUCUAUUGAGUUAUCAACGUGGCUGCUCAAGUUUUGAAGAUUUGAAAACACAUAAAAACCAGACCUAUGAAACUUUCAGAGAUACAUGUGAUGCAAUGGGUUUGUUAAAAGAUGAUCGUGAAUUCAUUGAUGCUAUACACGAUGUAGCUACCCGUUCAUCUGGUGCAUAUGUCAGGAACUUAUUUGUUACAUAUUUAAUGGGAAACAUACUAAGCAAUCCUUUGAAUGUAUGGAAUAAAACAUGGCAUGAACUUGCAGAUGGAAUUUUCUACAAUCUACGGAAAGCUCACAACAAACCAGGAACACAUCCUUUGAAUUAUAGAACUAUUGAUAUAAUCUCAUAUUUGGUUAUUGAAGAACAUCGUCUUAAGGACAUAUGUUUAAUGGAGAUUGAGAAAAUUUUGAUGGUUAAUGGAAAAUCUCUAAAGGAUUUUUCUGGAAUGCCUCAUGUUGAAGCUAAUACAUUAACUGAGUAUGGCAAUGUAUUGCUACUCAAUGAGCUGAAUUUAAAUGUUGUUGAGAUGAGCAACUUACACGAUGAAUGCUUUAGCAAGUUGAAUGAUGGCCAGUUGAAGAUUUAUCAAGAAAUUAUAACUGCUAUCAAUGCAAAUAAUGGUGGUUUUUUCUUUGUAUAUGGAUAUGGAGGAACCGGAAAAACUUUUCUAUGGAAAACUUUGACCUAUAAACUAAGAUCUCAGAAACAGAUUAUACUAAAUGUUGCAUCAAGUGGAAUAGCAUCCCUUUUACUACCAGGUGGUCGAACAGCACAUUCAUUAUUUUCAAUUCCCCUUUGUUUGAACGAGGAUUCAUGUUGUGGGAUACCUCAAGGAAGUCCAAAAGCUGAACGGUUACAACUUGCUAGCCUAAUCAUUUGGGAUGAGGCCCCGAUGGUUAGUCGCUAUGCUUUUGAGGCCUUAGAUAGGACUUUGCGGGACAUCAUGAGGUUCAAAAUCCAUAAUAGUUCUGAAAAACCAUUGGGUGGAAAGGUUGUUGUGUUGGGAGGUGAUUUUAGGCAAAUUCUACCAGUUAUUCCCAAAGGUAGGAGAGCCGAGAUUGUUAUGUCAACCAUUAACUCUUCAAGGCUAUGGAGAUUUUGCAAAGUUCUUAAUUUAACCCAAAACAUGAGGUUGACAACUAGCACAUGUGAUGGGGAUAAUGAGGAAGUUAAACGCUUUGCAAAAUGGGUUUUAGAUAUGGGGGAUGGUAAGUUGGGUGAUUAUAAUGAUGGCGAGUCUAAUGUUCAAAUUCCGAAAGAUUUGUUAAUAUAUCAAUCUUCCAAUCCUAUUGCAGACAUUGUUCAUUUAAUGUACCCUGACAUUGUUCAAAAUGUGGGUUGUGUCAAAUACUACUCUGACAAAGCAAUUCUUGCUCCCACUUUAGAUGUUGUUGAUUCAAUUAAUCAAUAUGCAUUGUCAUUAUUUCCUGGAAAUGAGAGAACAUAUCUUAGCUCAGAUUCAGUAUGGAGAGUUGAUGAGAUGUUGGAAUUGAAGCUGAUUGGUUAA